AAACGCCCCUUUGUACUUGCUCCGGGCACGAAAUGAAUGACAAUAUCCACGCGGGAUCCGGACUCUUUAAUCUUUGAUCAGGAGAAAGUGUAUUGCAAUCACACGCGGCGCGACGCUCGUAUUGCGCUUUCAUGCAACCGUUAAUUCGCUCGAUUAUUAUCGUUCUUCAGACCGCUGCCAGACUUUUUCAGCUCGUCCGGUUGCCGCAAGCUAUUAAAUCCGCGGGUCCUUUUCUCAACACUCUUUUCCCCUUCCUCUCCAAUCAAGAGUUCUCGAGUCCUUAAGGCUGAAUCAUUCUCCGUGCAACUUUGUAACAGCCGAUGUCUGAAUCGUUUUUUACCAAAUCGUUCACCACUUUUCAGCGAGUUUUCUUUUCUAUAUGUUUAAUAUAUUAUUAUAAUUUGUUUCUUCAGCCUGGCGAAUUUUGAAUUGCUGCAUUCAGCCGAUUAUUCGAUCGUCCUUCUGCAGUAUUGUCUUCUUUUCUCUUUUAUUAUUUCAUUCUUUUCUCCUUUUAUUAUUCCAACUUCUUCUCCUUUAUAAGCCGCGCGGGGACACGAUGACGUCAGAGUGCUGUCACCCAUGAACCCACGCAAAUAGCCGAGGUAUGAAAUUGGGAAUGUUUAAGGGAAGCUUGUACCAGCUCCUUUCCUGGGAUUGAGGUUGAUUUUCGGGGCGCGCGCCGCGGUGACGAAACCGAUACGGUCUCUGCCCCGGUGCCAAGAAUAAAGGGACACACGGAACGGCGUCCCAACAGCAGCAGAGCAACAAGCAGCAAGCGUAGUAGCCAGAAGGAAGUAGACAGCCUUCGAAUGGGUGUUGCGCCGAGUACUCUUCGGGCUCGCCGACACCGUUUCAGUCGCGCUUAAGCAGCCGAACGUUGCACGUGCCCGCAGGAACGACGACGAUCGACCAUAUCCACAUCCAUGGGUUACCGGUAUCCACGUCCCAUUCUCCGGAUAUAGCUGAACGAUUGUGCAAACCGGUCGAGUCGAAGGAAGAAAAUGGAGCUGAACAGUAAUCCGUCCAUGAUACCGUCGAAGAACAAUUCCAUCCACGACGAUGAGACAACUUUCAAGCAGGCGCUCGGGAAUGGCGGGAGCUACGGAGCCUUUCAGUCGAAGGACCCUAUCCUGGCGAUCGAGAAGGGCGGUGAUGCCGACAGGAACGGUACCAACGAGCACGGCAUCACCGUGCACCAUCCUACCUCGUACCUGGAAACCAUGAUGCAUCUGUUCAAGGGUAACGUCGGUUCGGGCAUCUUCGCGUUGGGUGACGCUUUUAAGAACGCCGGGUUGCUGCUGGCACCACCGCUCACGAUCUUUCUUGGUGUCAUCUGCGUACACGCUCAACAUAUCCUGAUUAAAUGCAACGAGGAGGUGACGCGUCGCGUUGGCGAUAGCACCAACACGAGUGGAUUCGCUGGAACAGUGGAGAUGUGUUUCGCUACUGGACCCCUUAGACUUCGUAAAUACUCGAUUUUCAUGAGAAAGUUGGUUAAUGUGUUUUUGUGUAUCACGCAACUCGGAUUCUGCUGCGUAUAUUUCGUUUUCAUUUCCACGAACAUGAAGCAGGUAUUGGAUGUGCAUGGGAUCGUGAUGGAAGUUCAUCAGCACAUGGCCGUGGUGUUGAUCCCUAUAAUGCUCAGUACCUGGAUCAGGAAUCUCAAGUACUUGGUGCCGGUGUCUUCAAUAGCAAACUUCCUGAUGAUGGCGGGUUACAUCGCCACCAUGUAUAUUAUGAGCUUCGACUUGCCGUCCAUAAGCGAGAGACGAUACGUCGCCGACUGGAACAACUUACCGCUAUUCUUCGGCACUGUGAUAUAUUCCUUCGAGGGUAUUACUCUGGUACUGCCACUCAAGAACGAGAUGAAGAACCCGAACAACUUCAACAAGCCGCUAGGCGUUCUCAACGUUGGUAUGGUGAUAGUCGGCAUGAUGUUCGUCGCGAUAGGCUUCCUGUCCUACUUGAAGUACGGUGAUGCAGUCGCCGGUUCCGUCACGCUUAAUCUUGAUUCAUCAGAAGUGGUGGACGGGAAAAUCAUCUACAGUCAAUCAAGCUUGCCGCAAUGCAUCAAGAUCGCUAUCUCCUUGAGCAUACUGCUCACGUACGCGUUGCAGUUUUACGUCCCAAUCGCGAUAAUGUGGCCUGCCAUCGUUCAGCAGUUCGGCCCCUUCAAGUGGCCGGUGUUUACAGAAAUCAUCUUCCGGUCAGUCAUGUGCCUUGUUACGUUUGUUAUGGCAGAGGCGAUUCCGCAAUUGGGUCUCUUCAUAUCCCUGGUCGGUGCAGUUAGCAGCACCGCGCUCGCUCUUGUGUUUCCACCGAUCAUCGAGAUGGUCGUCUGCUGGAACAACACUGGUCUUGGCUUCUUCACGAUCGCAAAGGAUGUGACGAUAGUGCUAAUCGGGGUGUUGGGUUUCGCCACCGGGACCUACGAGAGCAUCACGUCGAUCAUCAAGGCGUUCAGCAAGUGAAGACUACCACGAUGACCAUCCUCGACCUCUCUCUUGCGAAGAUCGCGCGUGCGACUUCCACGGACCAUGACACAUCAACGGUGUAUUUCCGCGCGAAUCGGAAAAAUUCGCGCUUGCGGAAUUUGCAUGCUCGUAGACAUCGGUCGCGCGUCCGUCGCCGAUCGACAUUAGUCUCCUCCUGUAAUUACGAUAAUAAUUUAUGUGUGAUACCAAUAGGACCGUAGCUGAUACGAUAGAUUUAACGCAGGUUGUGGAUGCCAGUGAUCGUUACUCGUAUUGAAUCGGUAUUGCUAGCGGCCAUUUGAGCAACACACGUCUUUUAAGUCCCGCGUUGUUCGCAGGUCCUAGCACAUUCAUUUAAUCACGACGAGGAGCGCGGUUCGCGUGACGUAAACAGCAUAGUAAUAAAAAAAAGAGACAAAGUGCAUUAACUCCUUUUUGUACACGGCAGCUGUCACAGCAGCGACGCAGAGAAAUAAAAGCGUAUUUUUGAUAAAUGUUGAUUGGUUGGCAAAUUAGUUAGUUAUAUAAUAUUCAGUAAUCAACACAAUGAUAAUCAGUUAAAAAACGAUAUCUGUACACUAAAAUUUCUAUAAAAGCAGAAGAACCUCAACUCAAAAAAAUUGUAGCUUAACAAAUUCGAUACGAUCUGUACGUUGCUGCAACGGAAGUUGCGGGCCACAAGUACCAAAAAUUUGUAAAUUUCUUUCCUUGCGAUAAUCGUAAACUGAAAUAAUCCAUAACGAAAACAUAUAACGAAGCUAUUCGAUACGACUUCGUUCGUAGUUGUAAUCGAUUAUUGUAACCACGGCGUAAUUGUUAUAUUUAUUACGCGUGUCUCGGAAGUAGUUUUAUCGAUUGAUCGGACUCCGUUGCUUACCUCCAUUUUCAUUGACUGUGUCAAAGCCAAGUUGAAAAAACAGAGAAGUGGCUUUAUAAAAUCCACGUAUCGACGAAGCUAUCUCCAAGCGUGCGACCAAUACUUACUUUAAGAGGCAAAAUAUGCGGAACGCAACGGACCGAACGAUUUUGAAUUGUAUUAUACAUUGUAUCGUAGGCUAACGAGUUCAUUAACUUAACUAUCAAGAGAAAAUAAUUUUUAUAUAUUUCCGUACAGCGGCUAACGACGCGGAGCACAUAAUAAGUAGCAAAAUACGGCAUCUUGAAAUCAAAACAGAUCAUUAACCGUGUAUUGACAAUUUCGAGACCUUGACACAUCCAACUGUGCGAUGCGGAUCAUUCCCUUCACGCUGGGAGACUCGCGAAGAGAUUUCCUCGCGAAUCCCACAAAUCUCACCGAUUAAUUCGUCCGUGAAUGAACUUUUCGCAUCAGAUCGUCCCGUUCUCCAAUCUGACGAGUUUCGAAAAACAUCUGGAUCAAUCAGAAAAUCGAGCAAUGCACACCUCCAAGUAGUAUUAACCGGAGCCGAAGCAAAGGAAAUACUCGUAAUAACGUUAAGACGUUGUGAUGAUCAGUGCGACGUUGAGCGGCACGACGUUGUCGCGCCGGUAUUACCGAGUACAAAGCCCACUCAGGGAAGCUUGUAAUAUUAAAACGCGCGUAUAUUUCCCUUCCUUAAUAUAUUUGACUGCGGCGUGUGUAAGGUGUCUCUCCGUUUCAACGGCGAGACUGCUGGAUGAGAAAGAGAAUAAACAUGUGGCACGACGAA